AUGGAAGCAGUGAUCACCAUCGAUGUGCUGAGACGUGCUGGAGUUGAGGUCACUGUGGCGGGUCUGUUGGGCAAAGGACCAGUGCGCUGCGCACGUCAGACGGUGAUUACGCCCGAGGUGGCGCUAUCGGAAGCAAAAGAGCGCAAA